UUUCAAAUUUCAGACAUGCAAACAGUGAAGAUCAACGGGACAAUCCUGAAGGACUUUAUUCUUAUGGGCUUUUCUGUUUAUCCACAUGCACAAGCAUUCCUCUUUGUGAUCUUUUUUUGCCUCUACAUUCUCACUCUUGCAGGUAAUCUGCUUAUCAUGGGUUUGACUUGGGCGUACAGAUCUCUCCACACUCCUAUGUACCUCUUCCUUAGUGCACUCUCCUUCUCUGAGACCUGCUACACUUUGGCUGUCAUCCCAAAGAUGCUGGCAGAUCUACUGGCCAAGAACAGAAGCAUUUCAGUUGUAGGUUGUUGUUUACAGAUGUGUUUCUUCCUGGGACUCGGUGGUACGAACUGUAUAAUUCUCACUUUGAUGGGAUAUGACCGCUACCUGGCCAUCUGCAACCCUCUCAGAUAUCCCCUUCUUAUGACCAACGUUGCAUGUGGACAACUUGUGGCCUCUGCUUGGGUUGGAGGCUUCUUUAUAUCUUUUAUAGAGACUGCAUUGAUAUUCAGGGGUUCCUUCUGCAUACCCAACCUCAUCAAACAUUUCUUUUGCCAUAUGCGUGCAGUUGUGAGGCUGUCCUGCAUAGGCAAUGACCUCACAGAAUUUAUUGUGACAGUGAUCUCAGUGUCGGGCUUGCUGGGGACUUUUGUGCUUAUCCUCCUGACAUACGUGUUCAUCCUUUCCACUGUCCUCAAGAUCCCUUCAGCUGAGGGCAAGAAGAAAGCAUUUUCCACCUGUGCCUCCCACCUCACAGUGGUCAUCAUCCACUUUGGUUUUGCAUCUAUUGUGUAUCUGAAGCCAGAAGCCUCUGGCGGAGAUGACACACUCACAGCAGUCCCUUAUACUGUUAUUACCCCUUUCCUUAGCCCCAUCAUAUUCAGCCUCAGGAAUAAGGAUAUGAAGAAUGGUUUUCUAAAGAUCAUGGGAAAGGCAGUUUCUUUGAAAAACUAA